UACAAGAGCGACAUGUGGAGCCUCGGCAUCGUCCUCUACGAGAUGUGCACGCUCAAGUGCCCCUUCGACGCCUCCAACCUCCAUGGCCUCGUCCUCAAGAUCAUCCGAGGCGUCUACCAGCCCAUCUCGCCGCACUUCUCUCCUCCUCUCAAGGCCCUGGUCGCGAGCUUGCUGCAGAAGGAUCCGCGGAAGAGGCCGAGCAUCAACGAGGUGCUUGCUCUGCCUUACUGCGUCGCCCGCAUCUCCAAGUUCCUC